CCGGGUAGGGCUGCGCUACCGGCUCCCGCCUGAGGGGUCGGGGGUGGCCGCGGCGCGAACAAGCUGAGGAGCGGCCCGUCCUCUGCAGCCGAGGAAGGGUCGCGCUACCAGUUCCCGCCUUUCCGCGGGAGCCAAAACCGGAACCAGGGAAACACACAGGAACACACAAGACCAGUGAAACAGGAACCACAGUGAGGACCACCGUGAAGACGACAGGGACAAAGUUGGUAUUCUGAAAAAGAUGUUUUUAAAACCUUUUACAUAUCCACUACCCGAAACAAGGUUUCUUCAUGCAGGCAGAAGUGUAUAUAAACUUAAAAUCAGAUAUGGCAACUUCCUCAGCAGUGAUGAUAUAGACAACAAUGAAAAUACUGCCAAGGAACUAGAGGAAGCCAUUCGAGUAAUCAUUGGAAAUCUUGAUAAUUUACAUCCAUUUGCUACAGAACGCUUGACUAUAUUUCCGUAUUUAAGUAAAUGGGAGAGAGUAUCAAAACUGAGAUUCAAACAUGGGGAUAUAUUUCUUGCUCCAUAUCCUCAUGUUUGCACUAUGUAUGUUGAACUCAAUUCAUUUCAGCAAAGUAUAUUUGUUGGAAAAGAAGUAAAUAUGGAUGCUUGUAACUUUGUCAAGGAUAGAAUUGAAAUGAUAGAAAAUAUUGAAACGGAAGCAACAGUGAAGUGGAGAAGAGUGGAAGAUCCAGCAAAAAUUUCACAUGCAAAGCCAUGUAUGGAUAGAACUGAAACUGAAAAUAUUCACACUGGAAGCAAGUCAAAAGGUGACUUCAGAAUGUCAGAAGAUAUUCAGCAGAAAUAUCAGGAUCCUGCAGCCCUUAAGAAGGACUAUGGCCAUAUGAGUGCAUGGGAACCUGUGGAUUAUAACAUUGAACAAAGCACAGAAACCACCCAGAAAGAAGGUAAAAUGCAACUGCAACAGCAAAUCAGCCCCAUUAGAAAUGAAGGAAAUGUGGAGUCAAAAGGAAGAGGUUUUCUGGAGUUAGUGAAAAGCACACUCUUUCCUCCACUACAGCGUAUUUUUGGUGGAAGCAGCUGACUUCUUGAGCUUGUGGAAAGGUGGACUUGUAGCUUAAACUUCAGAAGGUUUCACUACUCCCACUGAAUUCAGCUUUUAAAAUUGUUUGUGUCCAAAUUAGUAAAUGGAAUUACUUAAGCUGUUUAUGACUUUUAAAAAUAUGCUAUAUGUACAAUGUUAGUUAUUUUUU